AGCCGGGGAGAGCUGAGCGCAGGUUCUACCUCAGGGAAGUUAGCUGUGUAAACCCGGAUAGCGGUGAAGAGGGGUUUCAGGCCCAAUGGCGACUGUGGAAGCAAGCGGAAGCGAUGGGAAAGGGCAAGGGGUGGAGACCCCCGUCACCUAUUAUCGUUUGGAGGAGGUGGCGAAGCGUAACUCCUUGAAGGAGAUUUGGCUGGUGAUCCACGGGCGAGUCUACGAUAUCACCCGCUUCCUUAACGAGCAUCCCGGAGGAGAAGAGGUUCUACUGGAACAAGCUGGUGCAGAUGCAAGUGAAAGCUUUGAAGAUGUAGGCCACUCCUUAGAUGCCAGAGAAAUGCUAAAGCAGUACUAUAUUGGUGAUGUGCAUCCGAAUGACCUUAAACCUGAAAGUGAUAGCAAGGACCCUUCGAAAAAUAACACAUGCAAAAGUUGCUGGUCCUACUGGAUUUUCCCCAUCGUAGGCGCCAUGCUCUUAGGUUUCCUGUACCGUUACUACUACACAUCGGAAAGCAGAUCCUCCUGAGGAGGCCUUGGUGAAUUUUGGAAAGCAUAACCACUUGGGAGUGAAAAUUAGACACUUGUUUGGAGGCUGCAGUGGUGCCCUAUCCUCAAAUCUUGCCAGAGUUGUAUUCUUCCCCCUUGGACCCCAGAUGGUUGGCCAGGCAUCCACCUCAGACCUGGGGACAGUGUCCUUCUUUCUCAGAGCCUUACUCCCAAAGCACCUGCUCACUGUUCUGUGUCCUUGCCAAUGUUUCCUCUCUUCACUGGUUUCCAUGAGCACUUUCAUAGUACAAAAUUUUCUGUUAAUUAUUGCAGUCCGUAUGUCCCUAGUGACAUUGCCCUUUGGUAAAAAUGCCUGCUCUCUAAUACUUUGAAUGCACGUUAGACUUUCUUAACACAGCAGCACACUCUCGUUGUGAAGCUUUUCUCUUUCCAUUUUUCUUUUAAGUAAAUAUUAUUUUUUAAUUCUGACUUAAUUCUAUUAUUUGUCUUAAGGGGUUUAAUUCAUGAAGUAAAGUUGCACACCUAUGACUUGAAACACAACUGCCAAAUGAUCUUGUUCCUUGUUUAUAUUUGUUAAAGGCAGAAAGAGCCAUGUGAUUGUCCCCUCCCUCCCGAGCUAGGACAGCAGGUAGCUCUCGCCACCUCCCAAGUCCACCAAGCGGUGCUGGGCACAACUCUGCAUCCCUUUUCUUUCUUGGAGUGGAGAGAAACAGGAAAACGGAGAGAUGAAUUGGGGUGCUAGGGCAAAUUCAGAGCAAUCUUUCCUUUGAAAACUACUGAGAACUACUAUAGGACAGUAGUUUAGAAAAAGUACCAAAGACUUCAUCCUUUACUUUGGUUUGGCACCCAUUUCUAGCCAUCAUCUUUCUUUUUUUUUUUUCUUUCCCCCAACCAUCUCUUAUUAGUUAAAUGUAAGUUUGUAAUUAUGUCUAUAGAGCUUUACCAGGGAUUUUUGCUGCUUUUUUUGGUUUAUUGAUUAGAAAUUUUCUUAUUCCCCAUUUUUCUCAAAAGUAAGGGGCUCCAAAUUGUCCAGAGAUAAAAGUAUUUGAUCUUGUCUGCUCCAGUAAAAUAACUUCCAUAGUCAAGUGGCACUUGAAAGGGGGAGAGGGUGACAAGAGAAUGUUUUCCAUUUCAUCUGCAUUUUACCUCCAUGGCUCCAAUUUGUAGCUUUGGUUUUUUUUUCCAUUGGAGGGGCAGGGGAGAAAAAAAAAUACUGGUAGUUUUUAUCCUCUGAUGAGUAUUUCAUUGAGGAGUAGGUUAUUAGAAUUAUGUUACUGUUUCUUCUUGGUUCAGGAAUUUCUUUGGCAUAUUUGACUUUACUUUUUUAUCCUGUGGAAGCACCUGAGGAGACAAUACAUGGCUGUUCUCUGUUAACAACUGUUGGUGGCGAUCCUUCUCCCCGUCCUUUGAGGAUUACUAGUCUGCUCCUGAGCCAUCGUCCUAUGAGCAGGGAGCAGUGUGGGCCAUGGGCAUUGCUCAGCAUCUGCUCCCUGCGUCCUGCUUGCCAGGGACUUGACAAGAUGGGAAACUGCCCAGCAAACCAGUGUCUGCCCAUGCAAACUAUUUAAGAAAAAGUUCAACCCAGGUCUUGUAUCCUGUGAUUUAGCAGUUGAGUGAAUUCGGAAUUCAUCAAAAUAAUAUCACCCUUGUAUUUGCACACUUGGAUAUGACAUUCAGGAGUAAUUUGGGGGGAUUUCUGGAUGACUUUUAUACAUCAGGGAUGGGGUAUAGUCAAACUUCUAUCGUUAGAAAAUGUUUUGUAUGUAGUAUAAGAUGCCACUUUAAGAUAAUUUUUGAAAAAAAAUUCUUGGUUAUAGUGUAGCAAAAGUGGGGUGACUACUGGAUGCUCCUUCAUCUGAAGGCAAAGAAGUGUUGCCUUGAAUAAGAAUUGGUAUGUAAUUGCUGUAAGUUGCAUGAUUACAUGGGACCAUGUAGGGUAGAAGUAAAGAACAAAGGGGUAUUGAGCUAGAAAGGGAACACUCAGGCUAAAACUAAGCCGGAAGAUAACUUGGACCAUUUAAAAGUGUGCUGGCAGUCUCCAGAACUGAAUGAAAAACAUCUGGCUUAUAAGAAACAUUAAAGAACGAUAGUCUUAAGUAAAAUUGGUGUUUUUGAUAAUUUUUAGGGUAAACAACAAUGCAAAAGUUAUGUUUUUCUAUUUCAUAUUGGUUGCCUUUUCCUGUUUAUAUCUGGACUUGUUUUUACUCAGAGCCAGAGGAAAAGAUUUUCAGACUUUGUCUGUACCAUCCAUGAAAUCCAUCCCAUACCCAGGGCUUCUUUUGAUCUACUGCUAAUGUGAUGUCACUUUAUAUUAUAAAAACCACUUUUGAGUCCAUUUGCUAUUAUUCUGCUGCCUAUAUAAACAGCCAGGUGAAAAGCAGAGCUUGUGUGAGUGUUUGCAGAGGUUUUUCUGAACAAUAAAGUAAUGCAGUAUGUUAGCCAAAUCCAUCAAAAAGGACUUUUGUUUUAAGAGGUAGACUCGAAUUUUCAAAACAGUCUCAACAUUGGUAGGUCAUGAAAACCCCUCUGGAGCAAGUGGAGCCAGUCCCUGUUGGCUGACUGUGUCUCCUGGAACCAGUCUCUGGGUAUUUGAUUUAUUUCCAAGGAAGAUUAGCUGUGGCUGUACACCGUACUGUACACAUAAUGUCUGGGAAUCACAAAAGGAGGAGAUGAGGGAAAGUUUGUGCCACCAAAAUGGGGAUGUUAGUGCCAGGUUUCCAAAAUUUCCUAGCCCCUGUCUCUUGGGACUUGGUUCGGUUUCCAACCAAACUUAGACAUUUGUAAAGGCAAGAAAGUGGUGGGGACAGAGUUUAUAUUGUGUUUAAUUCUUAUGUGACCACUUAAGCAGAAACAAAAAUCCAUUAGAACCUAUAAUUUGAGCCUGUAAAGUUCUCUGAGCAGUUGUCAUAAAAGCAUAUGUUGUGAAAUAAGAGCAUUGUUGAAUUUAUAGUCAUUUAGUCCUGAUGUAGAGCAAUGAAAAAUGCUUUACAGGCCAGUAUAUCAUUACUCAUGGUAUUUCGUGCUUAAAACCUCAAGUGAUAGCUAUCUGGUUAAAUUCUGUUUUAGGAGAUUAAAAUGCAGAACGUUAAUGUUCAUUACUUCCUUCCUGGGAGAAAUGGAUUCAGGCAUGUCUCAACAUGCCUGAAUUGAUUCCUUUUUAACCAUCUCAUUUGGUUCCCAUAUAUCAGAAAAGUAAUGGGGAGUUUGGUCCCAUUUGGCUAUUGUGCUCUGAAAGAGCCUGGUUUGGAAUUUGUGGGGUGAUCUCAGAGGGAGGUUCCAAGAAGCAGAGGUAUUUAAGUUACCUACCCUACAUCUAGCUUAAUCUUCCUCAUGAAUUUUACAAGCUGCUCUUUGCACACAUCUAUAUUUUACAUUUGCUAAAACAUUAUUACGGUUAUUUAACUUUCUUUUUACUUCACCCUUGACUGUGAAUGAGUAAUAUUAACAUUUCCUUUUGUGUAUUCAAUAAUGGAGUUUGUUUACCUAUUUUAUUUCAGCAUAUUUUGAACAAAGAUCUUUGUCUCUUUCUGUUGGAAUGUGCACAUAAUGAAUGUUUGUUAGAACUACACACAAUAAAGAUACUGUUUUCCUUUUCUU